GUAAGUGAUAUAAGAUUUUCAGUGUUAGUCGUAAUAGCAUCAAACCGCUUGGCAGGCGGGUCCGAAGGUUUGCAGCGGUCCGCAGAAUACUGAUUUAAACCGUCGGCUAGGCACGCAAAGGCUUGGUGCUUAACCUUGACCAUUGCACACCUCUCGCGUGCGGGACGCGAGGGGCGUUUCAUGUACCAAAACUUGUGCAUGGGGCCGGAGCCCUUUUUCCACAGCGGCCAAGGCCAUCUCCUGACAAAUCCUGACUGACCUUACGUCUUGACACCUGAGCAACUUGCUAGAUUCUUUCACGGACACGACUGAACAGCACCGAAGAAUCCCCACCGACAAGCCUCCUCUCAGCGAAUUCUUGGCUUUUGCUAGGCCCUUCUCUGCCUUUGCAUAAUAGGGAUAGCUCUGUGUGGGCACGCUGGGCGUGGACGCGGGCGGGCGUAUAGCAGCGAGGCGCCAGGACCGCGACUCGGCACAGCAGCGCUGUGAGGGGACAGCAGCGCCGAGAGGGGUGCACCAGCUGGGGCCUGACCGGCGCUCAGCUCGUCUGACUCCCAGCACCCGGCUCGAGGAGCUGGGCUCUGUGCGCACUCGCCCGCCCACCGACGUGUAGGGUGGGCGGCGCAGCGGCAGCAGUCAAAGCGCAGCUUCCAGCGCGCGCUGUGACCAUAAGGCCCCGGCGCCGGCCGCACAGCCGCGCCGCGGGACAGACAGUUGAGACAGCCGACCGGCGCAGCCUGGCGGUUGGUCAGACAUGAGUAGCUCUUAUGAAGCGGGGGCCAUGUGCCCCGUCUUCCGGCCCUCGCGGGAGGAGUUUGACGUGCCCUUCUGCGAGUACGUGCGGAAGGUGUUCCGGAAGCACCCAGACAUGCCCAUGUUCAAGGUGGUGCCGCCAAAGGGCUGGAAGCCGCGGCGUGCGCCCUUCCCGGACCUGCGGAACGUGCAGAUCAAUGUGCCCAUCCGGCAGAACGCCUUUGGCACCAGGGGCGCGUAUCGGUGCGUGCUGGUGGAGCAGAAGCCGAUGUCUGUGGCGGAGUUCAAAGUGACGGCGGACGAGGAGGUGCAGCGGCUGAGUGCGGGCCGCGCAGCAGCAAAGAGCGGCGCUGCGGCGGACGCGGCGGGCGGUGCGGCGGGCGAGGCGGGGCGGCGGGCUAGCAACCGGGCCACUUCGGCGCGCAACUUCCGGCCGCCGUCGGAGGAGCUUCCGCAGCACGGCAGCCAGAAGGCGGCGGCCGGCGACGGCAAGGAGGAGGCGGGCGAGGGCAAGGACCCGGAUGCCGUAGACGCGGACGUGGAGCGCUCCUUCUGGGCCAACCUGACGCUCAACCCACCGCUGUACGGCGCCGACACGCCCGUGUCGUUCUUUGACGAGAAGCUGCCGUACGGCUGGAACCUGAAUCACCUGGGCGACCUGCUGCAGACGCACCCCAAGGUGGACGCCGUGCCCGGUGUCACCACUCCCAUGACCUACUUUGGCAUGUGGCGCUCCUUCUUCGGCUGGCACAAGGAGGACGCCGACCUGUACUCGGUCAACUUCCUGCACUGGGGCGCGCCCAAGGUCUGGUACUGCGUGCCGCCCUCGGGCAAGCAGAAGUUCGAGCGCAUGGCACAGAGCCUUUUCCCCGAGCUGCACAAGAGCUGCCCGGCCUUUGUGCGGCACAAGGACAUCAUGCUGUCGCCCUCGUGCCUCAAGACCUACGGCGUGCCGUACAUGCGGGCCUGCCAACGCGCCAACGAGUUCGUGGUGCUCAACGCCGCGGCCUACCAUGCCGGCUUCAACUCGGGCUUCAACUGCGCUGAGGCCGUCAACUUUGGCCUGAAGGAGUGGAUCCCGAUCGGCAAGGAGGCGGUGCCGUGCCGCUGCAGCGCUUUGAAGGACGUGGUGCGCAUCAGCAUGAAGCUGUUCGAUCCCAAGUGGGUGGACCCCUACGCGACAGCAUCAGAGUCCGAAUCCGAGCCCGAGUCCUCAGACUUCGAGCUCAGCGAGGACGAGGAGGCCGCCGCCUCGGCGGCGGCGGGCGCGACUUCGCGCCGGCGGCUGGCGGCCGGCCGCGCGCGCAAAGCAGCCGUGCGCCGGCGCAAGGCGCAGGCGGCUGACUUUGAAGACGAGGAGGAGGAGUCUGAGAGCGGCAGCGAGAGCGCCGAGGAGGAGGAGGAGGAAGGGGCGGAAGGCGCUGACCAGAGCAGCGACGAGGAGGCGGAGUCUGAUGAGGAGGGGGCGGAGGAGGCCGAGGCUAAGCCCGCCAAGGGCCGCAGCAAGGCGGCGGCGGCCAAGACGGCCAAGACGGCCAAGACGGCCAAGACAACCAAGAAGCCGGCGGCGAAAGCCACCGCCAAGGCCGGUAAGGCCAAGGCUUCAACCAAGGGCAAGACCGCCGCGGCGGCGACCAAGAGAGCGCCGGCGAAGAAGGCGACGCCAAAGACGACGACAACAACGACGACAGCAAAGGUGGCGGCAGUGGCGAAGUCCAAGCCCGCGGUUUCGGCGGCCAAGAAGGCGGUGGCGGCGGCGGUGGCUGUGAAGCGCGGCACCGGAGGCGUCAAGAAGGUGACGGCGGCAACCACGGCGGCGAAGAAGGCAACGACGGUGGCCAAGAAGGCGGCGACGCCGUCAGGGCGCACCACCAAGACCGCCGCCGCAAUCGCGGCGCGGGCAUCCAAGGUGGAGGCAGCUGCCAUCCGGGCCGCGCGCGCCAGCAAGCGCGCGGCGGCCGCGGACGCUGACGGUGACGGCCGCAAGAAGCGCGCGCGCGCCAGCGACGAAGGCGGCGCGCCGGCGGCGCGCCGCGGCCGGCCGCCGAAGAACGCCGGCGGCGCCGCUGGCCACGAGGCCUCGCCCGAUACCGCGCCGCCGGCGCCGCUGCCGGCCGUGGAGCUGACGGCCGACGGGCGCCACAUCGUGACCGCCAUCAAACCUCGCUCCACGGUCAACAUGGCGGCUAUGGCGCUCAAGGCGCGGUGCGAUGCGGGCGCCGGCGCGGAGGCGGUCAUGGGACAGCCAAUGGCCAUUGUGGGCGAUGCCGAGAACGGCGGCAGCAUCAGCCGGCGGGCCUCUGCAGCUGUGCCGCUGCCGGAGGCGGCCUCUGCAGCGGCCGCGGCAAUGGCAGUGGCGCCUGCCGGCGCUGCCCCGGUUGUGCCUGCGACGGCCCCUGCUGCUGCUCAAUCGCCGGCUGCGGACACGAGCAAGCGCUUCUUCUACCUGGUGCAGCGCCUGGCGCGGCCGGCGCCCACCCCUGGCCACGUGCUGCUGCGCUGGUUGAAGGAGGGGCGUGACGGCUUGUUCCGGCCUGUGGCAGGCAGCGUGUGGGAGGAGGCCGCCACGGCGCUAGUGCCGGUGCACGUGCAGCCCGUGUGCGCCAAUGGCGCCAGCAGUGGCGGUGCAGCCGCCGCUGCUGCUCUUGACAUGGUGGGCACAGACGGCGGCGAGGCACCGUGCUGCAGCGGGGACCCAACGUCGUCGUCACACUCGGCGGCAGGGGCGAACGGCGGCGGCGAGGGCAAGGCCGACGCCAAGGUGUCGGAGCCGGAGGCAUGGCGGCUGAUGACGCCGCGCGAGCAAAUUGUGGACGUCGAGUUGAGGCGGGAGUAGGCCCCUGAUCGCCUGAGAAAGGCGCUGGGUCUGAAGGCACACAGGAGUGAGUGUGCACGGCAGGUUGGGCGCGUAUGUGUUUGUGCCUAUUUAGAAGGCCGUGUUGCUGACGAUACGAGGACGGAAUGGCGGGUGGCCAGCCACGUCGUUCUGGGCGCUACAUGACAUACGGCAUCACGUUUUGGGGCGCUCUUUCUAAGCCAACGUAGAUGACAAGUGUGUCCUCACGAAGCCCGACCCUGAUGGACAUCCCAGUGACGACUAACGGCCUAAGAAAUUGUUCGUGUUGUGGGCCUCUGACACGGUAAAUAUCUACACGCGUGAAGCAUUUAAUACACCGUGGCGGGCGCGUGUGUGUGAAUGUGCCACGUGACAAGGCAAGGCGUCUGUUCUGGCCAUUCCAGGGGCAAUGCGGUGCCGCACGUGUCCUGUCUGAUGUGGGCCCGGAAUUUCGGCUUCAAUGUACCCUCUGACCUAACGCGCGUCGGUCGGUGGCAAGGGAAUAUGUGUUGUGUGCGGGAUGGCUGUUUCGCGGUGAUGACCUGCUGCGGUGGUGCCUACCAUGCGGAGUUGCAGGAAUGCAGGAUGGUCAGUAGGUGCUGACUGCGAGCAGGACAUGUUCAUACUGUACUUGCGUGGGGUUUGGACCACGCACUUAGCGGGUUUGGAUGCGCAUGUCUGCAAUGCGCCUGGCACAUCAAAGACACGGAUGAUGUGCUCGUACGAUCAUCUGCACACCCCAAGUUGCGAAUGCGGGCAACAAGGCCACAGGCCGACACCCAGGCAACAUGUUGUUUUGGUCUACACUGGUAGGAGUGGGGUAAUGUGGAGGACCCAGCUGGUCUUGUUCUGCAACGGAAUAGAUGCGCAAGGGUGAAAUGAUGUUGCGGGUGUUGAUAUCCGUGGCGUCCCAAAUGCUCCUCGGCCCAUGGCCUGGUGGGGUAAACAAUCAUGAAAUUUCAGUUGCGUUGCCGAAGGGGUCAAAGGGCGACACAUUGAACACAGGCACCGCGGCCUUUUUUUCAUGAAAAGGGGGUCUUAGCCCCC